AUGCCGAAAAAAAAUCACGUUUUUUCAUUUACUCGUGUUAAAACGAUUGAAUUGGCAUUGAAUUUUCAAUAUAUUUUUUAAUAUUACAAAGAUAAAAAACAUGUCAUUUGAUUUGCCCGGUAGCAAUGAAUCUGGUGGUGGUGGUGGUGUCGAUCGUGAACUUAAAGAAUUUUUACUAAUGGAACAAAAGAAAGCUCAAUUUCAACAACAAGUAAAUCGCUUAAAUGAUAUUUGCUGGGAUAAAUGUGUGACCGAUAAACCUGGAUCAAAAUUAGAUUCACGCACAGAAAAUUGCCUGAAAAAUUGCGUCAAUCGUUUCAUUGAUGCUUCAUUAACUGUAGCUCAACGUUUUUCUGGCUUGAUCCAAAAACAACAAUAAUCAAUGCUUGUUUUUUAAUUUCAAUUGUAGAAUAAUAAAUAUAAUACUUUGUUUAAAAAA